AUGCCUGGCGCUAUUCAACAACCCGUCCCCGAGAUCAAGAAUCUCGGAGAUGGCACUAGCCAACCCGAAAACAAGAGGAAAAUUGUUUGCUUCUCCGACUUCGACGGCACAAUCUUCAUGCAAGACACCGGGCACGUCCUCUUCGACAACCACGGGUGCGGCUCCGAGCGGCGCGAGGUCCUGGACGAGCAGAUCAAGACGGGCGAGCGCUCGUUCCGGGACGUGUCAGAGGAAAUGUGGGGGUCGCUCAACGUGCCCUUCGAGGACGGCUUCCGGAUGAUGGAGAAGACGCUGGAGAUCGACCCGGCCUUCCAGCAGUUCCACCAGUUCUGCAUCGCGAACGAGAUCCCCUUCAACGUGAUCUCGGCGGGCCUCAAGCCCGUGCUGCGGCGAGUGCUGGACACGUUCCUGGGCGAGGAGGCGUCGUCGCACAUCGAGAUCGUGGCGAACGAGGCGCAGAUCUCGGCGGACGGGUCGACGUGGAAGCCGAUCUGGCGCCACGACACGGAGCUGGGCCACGACAAGGCGCUGUCGAUCACGGAGGCGCGGCGGGAGGCCGAGCUGGUGUGCGAGGACGGCACGAUCCCGCUCGUCGUCUUCAUCGGCGACGGCGUCUCCGACCUGCCCGCCGCGCGCGAGGCCGACGUCCUGUUCGCGCGCCGGGGCCUCAGGCUCGAGGAGUACUGCGUCGAGCACGCCAUCAAGUACAUACCCUUCGACACGUUCGCGGACAUCCAGCGCGAGAUCGAGAGGAUCCGGCGGGAGGACGCGCAGAAGACGGGCGGCAAGGGGAUGCCGGCGGGCUUCAACCCGCGCGCGAACAUGUGGAGGCGCAUGAGCAGCAAGAAUGUCGUGCCCAGGUUCGUGCUCAUGUCGCCGACGAAGGAGGAGAAGAUGUUCCUCUGGCCCGAGGCGUUCUCCGAGGUCCACGAGAAUGCGGCGGCGGCGGCGGCCAUGCAGCAGACUUCGCUUACUGGCGCUGCUUAA